AUGUCCGGCGCCCGCUGCCGGACCCUGUACCCCUUUUCCGGGGAGCGGCAUGGCCAGGGGCUGCGCUUCGCCGCGGGCGAGCUCAUCACGCUGCUGCAGGUCCCGGACGGCGGCUGGUGGGAAGGCGAGAAGGAGGACGGACUCCGCGGCUGGUUCCCGGCGAGCUACGUGCAGUUGCUGGAGAAGCCUGGAAUGGUCCCCCCUCCGCCGGGAGAGGAAAGCCAGACUGUUGUCCUUCCACCGGGCUGGCAAAGCUACUUGUCCCCUCAGGGCCGGCGCUACUAUGUCAACACGGCCACCAAUGAGACCACCUGGGAACGUCCCAGCAGUUCUUCUGGGAUUCCAGCCAGCCCUGGCCCUCACAGGAGCUCUCUGCCUCCAACAGUGAAUGGAUACCACACGUCAGGGACCCCAGCGCACCCUCCCGAGACUGCCCACAUGAGUGUCCGAAAAUCCACCGGUGAUUCCCAGAACCUGGGAUCCUCGUCACCAAGCAAAAAGCAGAGCAAGGAAAACACCAUCACAAUAAACUGCGUGACGUUCCCUCACCCAGACACAAUGCCGGAGCAGCAACUGCUGAAACCGACCGAGUGGAGCUACUGUGACUACUUCUGGGCUGACAAGAAGGACUCCCAAGGCAACGGCACGGUGGCUGGGUUUGAACUGCUGCUGCAGAAACAGCUGAAGGGCAAGCAGAUGCAGAAGGAAAUGUCGGAGUUCAUCCGGGAAAGGAUAAAGAUUGAAGAGGAAUAUGCGAAGAACUUAGCUAAGCUCUCUCAGAACUCCUUGGCCGCACAGGAGGAGGGCUCCCUGGGAGAAGCAUGGGCGCAGGUGAAGAAGAGCCUUGCGGAUGAGGCUGAAGUUCACCUCAAGUUCUCUGCCAAGCUGCACAGCGAGGUGGAGAAGCCUCUGAUGAACUUCCGUGAGAACUUCAAGAAGGACAUGAAGAAGUGUGACCACCACAUCGCAGACCUCCGCAAGCAGCUUGCCAGCCGCUACGCCGCGGUGGAGAAGGCCCGAAAAGCCCUCACAGAGCGGCAGAGAGACUUGGAGAUGAAGACCCAGCAGCUGGAGAUCAAGCUGAGCAACAAGACGGAGGAGGACAUCAAGAAGGCUCGGAGGAAGUCCACGCAGGCGGGAGAUGACCUCAUGCGCUGUGUGGACCUCUACAACCAGGCCCAGUCCAAGUGGUUUGAAGAGAUGGUUACCACCACGUUGGAGCUGGAGCGGCUGGAGGUGGAGAGGGUGGAGAUGAUACGGCAGCACCUCUGCCAGUACACGCAGCUGCGGCACGAGACGGACAUGUUCAACCAAAGCACAGUCGAGCCUGUGGACCAACUGCUUCGAAAAGUAGACCCAGCCAAAGACAGGGAGCUGUGGGUCAGAGAGCACAAGACGGGCAGCAUCCGCCCCGUGGACAUGGAGAUCUAGACGCGCGGCCCGGGGGUCCUGCUGAGGAGGGGCUGGGGGUCCCACGGAGAGCAGGUGGCGCUCCCGCCAGGGGGGCCUGCUGUCGGGAGUGGCGCUGCCCUCCCCCUGCUCUCCUGGUCCACUGAGGAGAGGGGACAGUGGGGCCGGAAGGGCGGCCCAGAUGGCCCCACAGGGAGCUCCCCGGUGUUCCCAGGCUGAGAAGAUGGAUCCACAGCCCUGCCCUUGUCUCUGAGGCUGAAGCCCCCCGAGUCCCUUGCUGCGCUUGCCACUCCAAGGACAAACUGAGACUGGAACUUUGUGGUCCCUGUUGAGUACCAGAGGGGUCCCCUCCCCACCCAGAGCAGUUGUGUCCCAUGCUCAUGCCCCUGGAAGCCCAACGGCCCUUCUUCCAACUGACCUCCUUGUCUCCAGGCCUUUGGAGGGGCAGGAGAGGAAGGUCUCCAUCUCCAAGCCAAGUGUCAGGAUCAGAGUCAUGGAGAGAAGGCCACCAUUCAGCACAGUAGCCCACACCCAGAAUGCUUUGCAGCAGCCCUCCCUCUUGAUUUUUUUUCCCCCCCUUGAAUAUUCUGAGGGCCUUGAAUAUUCUGAGAGCCUACAUCCUGGCUCUUCUCUGCUACUUUUCACCAAUGGGAGUCUUGGGAAGAAGGUCUGGCUCCAGUUGUCCCAGACUGACCCUGCCUGGAGAGGUCAGGAUGAAACUACCUCAUUCAGCAAAUUCACCCCAAGUUGGAGCAGAUCAGGCAUCCAUGUCACGUGCUCUUUCCAGACAUCCCAGUCCACCCAGCCUGCAGCCGCCUCCUCGGGGAAGCCCCCUCCUCCACCCUCGCCCAUCCCAGGGAGCUGAGUCGGUCUCAUGUCAGGGAGGGGUUGGGACAAGUCUCUGUCACCUCGCAGGUGGUUCCACCUGCCCGUGCACAGUGGAAUUGGGACUGCUGCUCCGUGUACAGCUCUCACUGGCGGGCACCACGCAGGCAGUGCAGACUGUCGUGGCCACAGUACAUGUCACCAUCCAGGCAGUCGGGUACCUUGGCCUCUCAGCUCCUUCUGCACGUUCCCAAGCCCCGCAUGGAGCCCCUACUUGGGGCUGGUGCCCCCUUGCCCUUUUGCCAUCUCCUUUUUCCCUGAGAAAGCCUGGUCUGAGCAUGACCUGCGAAGCCACCAGAUCCUUACUCAUCACUUUCUCGCUUACAUACUAAAUCUUGAGAAUUGGCUUGAGGGGACUGGAAGCAGAAAAGGACUGGAGGAGGUCAGACAGCUUGCAAGGGGCACAUUCUAGCCUGGAGCCCACACCCUAAGAACCCAUGUUUCUUCACUUUUCCCAUUGAUUACUUUGGAUUCACAGGACUCAUGUCUCAUAAGGGCAGCCGUCUAAGAGGAUAACUCACUGGUCUUUCUCCCUCCAUCGUCCAGGCUGGUAACUGAUGACUUGUUUUUCUUGUAUCUCUUGGUACCCCUUUCUCUGAGUCAGUAUGGCGCCCUCAUAGUGAUAGUAGAAAGAUGCUGAAUAUCCUAAAGCAAACCAAGCUUUGCUACUUUUCUUCUCAAAACAUCCCAACCAGAAAGGUCAGUGUGAAGGCCUUCACUAACAUGCAGGCCGCCAGGACGGAUCUGUGUCUGGCGUGGAGAACCACUCCUUCCGGUCUGGGGUUGGGCUGUGACACCAGCUGCCCAUUUGGGGCUAUCAUUUCUUGGUUUCUUGAUAAAAAAAAAAAAAGAUGGGUGCUAGUAGUAACUGCUUUGUGGCUUAGUCAACUAAUUUGUGGAUGAUUUUCCAACAUUCAAAGCCAAUAGCCUUGUUAUUAACAUAGAUACGUUCAUGUGUGGUGUGGCUCAUUGAUUUUGUUUUCUCAUCCCUGUCCGAGGAUUCCAGAGUCUUCUGUUAUUCCCUGGGGCUCUUGCCUCUUUCAGGGUAGCCUGAGUUGGCCUCAUGUAGGCUAGUCUAUUUUCUGAAGUCAUGCUUUCCCCCUUUUCCCUCAGUCUCAUUAGAUGCCCCCAUAUACUUCUUUUCCUUUUUUCUUCCCUCCUUUAUUCAUUCGUCAAGCAUUUAGCUAAGACUGGGCAAUAUGCAAAGAUCUAGGAACAAGAUAUAGCCCUCUCUGUCAUCAGGGAAACCAGUGAUCUGUUCCUUCGAGUAAACUCGUCUUUUCUUCAAGGGUCUUGCAGGUGAGUAACCUUGGCAUUCACCUACAGAUACUCUCUGCAGAGUCUAGGUUUGCAGAGAUACCCUCUGUUGUACUGAUAGCUCUUCAUUCAUUCAUUCAUUCUCAUUCAUUCAUUUAAUCAGCAGACACUUGGGGCAAGCCAGGUAUUAUGCCAGUACUGCAGACGUAGCUGCAUACCAGCCAGGAACUCCGCCCCAUCCCCCACCCCUUCUGUUCUCCAUGUGGACAAGCACAUGUUUUCAGACCUUUCUGGGAAAUGAGAGCCUUGCACCUCUCCCACGUUUAACCUACUACUAGCCUGUAAUAAGCCAUGCGGCAUUUACCCAAGGAUGGAAGAACCAGACAGCACCAAGAGUACAAUCGUGGGGUCACUAGACCCUCACAGCUCACAUCCAACUCAAAUUUGAGAGAUUUGUUUGUUUUAGAUAGUUCUUGCUUUACACAGAGGAAGAAUGAAGCCCAAGGCCAGCCAGUGAGAGCUGUGAACUGAAUAGCGAAUCACGAGCAGGGCUGGAGUUGAGAGUACAGGCCUCUGUCCCUAUGGUUAGGAUGAAGUCUGGAAUGUCUGAAAGUCAUCUUCAGAGUGGCGCUCUGUCCUAGUGGUUGGUUUGGUUUGGGUAUUUAGGUUACAAGAGGAUAUGCUUGGCUUUUUUCAGGGUAAAUGACUCCAGGUUAUUCGUGAGCACAUUCACUGUUCCAUUUCUGAGAACGGGUGAGCCCCUUCUACCUAGGAGACAUGGAUGCACUUUGUUUCCUCUGUGAAAGCCUGAUUUUUAGAAUAGAAUCUAAGACAAGCAAGGGUUACCAAGACAACCUCCAGGAUAAGCUGCUUGUCCCUCUCUUUUUUUUUUUUCUAUUGCUUCUGAUCAGCAUUGGAAAACACUGGCCAGCCGACCCACAGGGAUGGCUGACCUGAGGUUCUGCCCAUGGGACCACCUUGGGUCUCCUUUUAAUCUACCCAACACCUGUGUCAGCCGGGGGGCAGGGCAGGGAAGGGUGGAUGGGAUUUUGAGGGGAAACACUUCUCCCCUCACUGAGGCUAAUCAAUGACUGAAGCAAAUAGAAAAACCCUGUGUAUACUCAGGAACCAGGGGUUUGUAUUCCCUUUGUGGAAACCAAUCAAUUACUAGAUUAGGAGAUGGAAGCAAAGAAAUCUUGGCAGAGCCAAAGUCCCUUCUUGGAAAUGCAAGUCAUAACAUUCCGAGGACAUCAAAGACCUCGGCUUGUUUAAGUGAUUUUACUUCCAGCGGUGAAUGGCCUUGACAAGAAGUUAUACAGGAUUCUGCAGGCCUACUGGUGAUUAUGUAGAUAGGGAGCGUUCCUGGACCAGUGUUAAGUGAGGCACAGAUCAGAAGCACAUCUUAGCCAGCAUACCGUCAUUCACAUAAGCCUUCCUGUCCCCACAGGUCCCGCUGCCUUUUUCCCCAAGUUUAUUGAGAUAUUUGACAUUCAAAAUUGGGAGUUCAUGAGCAUACAGGAAAAUUCACCCUUUUGAAGGAUACAGUUCAAUGAAUUUUGAAAAACUUACACAGUCUUAUGGGGCUUCCCUGGUAGCUCCCAUGGUAAAGAAUCUGGCUGGGAUGCAAGAGACCCGGGUUCAAUCCCUGGAUCAGGAAGAUCCUCUGGAGAAGGGAAUGGCUACCCACUCCAGUAUUCUUGCCUGGAGAAUCCCAUGGACAGAGGAACCUGGCGGACACAUGGGGUCCACGGGGUCACAAAGAGUUGGACACAACUGAGCAACUAACACUUUGACACGAUCUUGUAACCACCGCUGAGAUCAACAUAAUAUUUCCAUCAGUCCAAAAACAUCCCCUCAGGCUCCUUUGAUGUCCAUCCACUCUUCCCACGCCCAGCACCUGGCAACCACUGAUGGAUUUUCUGACCCUGCAGAUCUGCCUUCUGUAGUGUGUCAUAGGCAGAAGCCUUUGAGUCUGGCCUCCUCGCUCAGCUUGAUGCCUCUGAGUCACUUUGUCAUAGGAUGUCCCUAGCUUGUUCCCCUGCAAUGCCGAGUAGCCGUCCAUUGAAUGGGUGCACCCCACUGCUUCCUUGCUCUUAAAAACACAAGUUGUCUUCCUGGAAGCUCCUGACCUGGAGUCUUGAGCGUGUUUGCACAGCUACUUCCAGCCAGCUGCAUCCAGUGGUUCUUGGGACUUAAACUUGGCUCUUUUUGAGUCAUUUUAGUUUGGGGGGCAUCUAACACUUGAGUUUUUCACAAUGUAGAGAGCUGCUGGGGAUGGAGGCAGGGGUGGUGGACAGGGUCUCUGCUGCCCCCUGAAGCUGGCGUCUCAACUGGCAGAUCCACUUGCUCCUUGGGACUCUCCCUUCACCUCGCCCAGUCCCUGCCAUUUGGUGAGAGUUCGGGGGUGUGGGAGGUGGGUGGAGAGUGUGUGGGUGAGAAAGCAGGGUGGCCAUGGGCUCAGCACCACCUUUCUCUGGAUCUUCCUUCACCUGCAAACUGAAGGUGUUAUUCUAGAACGUUCUCCCAGGCCUCCUCCGGCUGCUGCGUUCUGUCUCCCCUUGUCAUUUCCAGUUUUGUGCCCAAUGCACACGUCAUACCUAAUCUGGGUCCGCUCGGCACAGCUGUGCGAGCUGUCACCUCAUACCCUCCUGAGAGGGGGCCCCGGGUGCUGAGAAAUCUAAAAAGAGACUUUUAGACACAAAAACUUAAGAGUUUCAUGAGCUGUUGAGAAUGAGGUAGUUCCUCGUCCUUGCACUCCUAAAGAAAGCAGAAGCCAUUACCUUUCUUCCACUGAUGUUUGACACCAUGUCCUGAAGGUCACUUCCCAGGAGCAAAAACAGGCAUGGAGUCAGAGCCCCCUCCCUUAAGGUUCUUGUCGACGCCUGAGCCUUGCCUACCUGACCUGUGCCUGCACCCUCCUGGGUGGUGGCAGAAAGAAAACCACACCCAACUGCUGAUGCUGGUCAGCUCUGGGCAAGACCCCCCAAAGGAAGGACUCCUCCAGCUACGUCUUGAUUGUGCCCUGCUCAGUGAAAGCUGAGCCCCGGAAAGCAACCAGGGACCUCUCCCAGCCAACAGAAGACAUCCUUGGGUCCAGCCAGGUGACGGUGUGGGCUGUGGAGCCCACAACACAGGAUUCCCCUGCUGCCAGGAUAGCCUCUUUUUUCUGGGGGAGGGGUCCUGGGGGCUCUCAACAUCUUCCCCACUCCACCCCACCCCCACUGGAGUCAUUGCUAUCAGGCCCUUUGUCAAGGUGGGGGACCCAACCCCUCUUUCCUGGCUUGGUGAGACUAAGGUGACAAAAACCAAUGUUCUGUUUCCCCCGAACCUUCUAGAUGCUGGGGCCUGGCUACUGGGGGGUCUUGUUGGGAGGUGUCUCCGAGAGAGAGGGGCUGUGAUGGCCUUUGGAUCUCUGUGCUGUUCGGGGGACUUGGCCCUCUGUGUGCUGGGGCAUCCCUAACGGGCUUGCAGUGGUGGGAGGCGGAGGGUCUGGCACAUGGGUGCUCUGAUGGGGACGGUGUGACACGCAGACGAGGCAGGAAA